GUUUGACUGUUGCCUCUCUCCAAAUUCUAAAUUCUUCAUCUUAUCUGUAAAUCUUCAAUUCUUCUUCUCUCUAACUUAGGGUUUAUGUAUCUCCUCCUCCACACACAUUCAGCUCAAUUUUUUCAAUUCAUCAUCCAAAUUCACCUUAGAUUCAUCAUCCAGAGGAGUAUUUCAACAGAUUUUCCGGCUUGAAGAUUCUAUUUUAAGAAAGGAGAAAAUUUGUGGUAAUGGGGUGUUUUACAGUGUUGAAAAGAGGUAAAAAGAAGAAAUCAAAACGGCCGGAGGUAUCUAUUAAACAGGAGAGUACAUCUACACCAUCAUCGUCGGUACUCCCUGAACCACACAACGUUAGCGGUCGCCGGUCAUUACAAUCGGCUCCGUCGAGUUUUAAGAGUAGAGGAGGAGUGGUACAGCAACAACCUGUUGGUAAUUUAAUAACUGGUAGGAGUAGGACAUUAUCUGCUCCGUCGAGUUUAAAUGAGGCGGCGGAAAGGGAUACUAUGUUCUAUUCGGCUGAUUUUGACGAACGAGGGGAUGAUUCUGGUUCGUUUAGGUAUUUGAGUAGGGAGUAUCGGUCGCCAUCACCACAACCACUUCCUUUGCCGUCGCCGCAGAGUGUAUUGAAGAAUUUGGGAAGUUUUAAACAACCGGCGGAUUUUAGUGGUCCGUUGCCAUUGCCACCGUCAGGAGGAGGGCUAAAGAACUUUUCUUAUGAGGAGUUAUCAAGUGCUUGCCAGCAAUUCUCGGCGGAUCGGUGCAUGUCCGAAGGUCUUUCGGCUGUAAUGUAUAAAGCUUCAUUUGGUGAUGAUUCAACCAGUUCCAAGAGGAUGGAGGCUACUGUUACUCGCCUUCUCCCAUCCACUCAGGGUCUUAAAGAAUUCAUUAGCGAGGUCAACACAAUCUCUUCUUUGCAACAUCCCCAGCUCUGUAAAUUGAUUGGUUUCCAUGCACGUGAGGGCUCAGACCAAAGGAUGUUGGUCUAUGAGAGACUCUUCCACGGGAGCUUAGAUUUGCUUUUAUAUGGUAAAUCUGAUGGGCCACCCAUCGAUUGGUGUACUAGGAUGAAAGUGGCUCUUUGUGCUGCACAAGGUCUUGCUUUCUUACAUGAAGAAGGACCUUUCCAGGCAAUGUACACAGAGUUCUCAACUGCAAACAUACAGGUAGACAAAGACUUCAGUGCAAAGCUUUCGGGCUAUGGUUGUGUUACUCGCAAUCCAGAAGCAGAAAUAUCAAAUACUUCCCCAGCAGUUGCAAAUCUUCCAGAGGAGACAUUAGAAAGAGGAGUACUCACCCCAAAGAGCAAUGUAUGGAGCUUCGGCCUUGUUCUGCUUGAGUUACUCACUGGUAGGAAGAAUCUUGACUGUAGACACCCCAAGGAAGAAAGGAACUUGGUUAAAUGGAGCCGGCCUUUCCUAGCUGAUGAUUGCAGGUUAUCAUUGGUCAUGGAUCCGCGUCUAAAAGGUCGUUUUCCUCCUAAAGCGGCCCGAACAGUUGCAGACAUUGCUCUCAAAUGCCUCCAGAAGGAACCCUCUGAAAGACCCACCAUGAGAACUAUUCUCGAGUCUCUAAAAAACAUACAAGACAUGAAGUAUUCCUGCAGAUUUCCUCUUCAAGAACCUGCGAAAAUUGCUGGAAAAUACAUGUCAAGAUCUCCAAGUCUCAACGGGAUCGUUCACCCAGCACCACGAUUAAAUUUCUCACCUUCGCCACCAUCAAGAACCAGGCUACCUGUUUCUCCAUCUGGUCAGCCUUUUGUCCCCCUAUUACUUCCUUCACGGCCUAGCACGUCAACCAGCACAUUGGAUGGCAACGAAAUACGGGAAACAGUAACACGGAAAUCCACCUCCUCAAGAUUUCUGCUCAAAGAUGGGCUAGUAGGGUACUGAUUGUUAAUACUUUUCGAUUUUUUUUGUUCUUUUCUUUACCGGGUUUUGAUCUUGACAUGGUAUGUAUAGAAAAAAGAUAAAAAGAGUUGUGGUUCUUCUUCAUCCUCCCUUACAUCCCCAUUAGGUAGAUGCUUAGCAGGGGGGGAAUGAGCCUUUGUAGAUAUUAUAACAGGAGUGUUAGCAGAGAGCGAGGUUUUAAAUGGGUUCAGUUAGUUUUCUCUACCAUUGAAUCCAAAUACUACUAAUGACAUUUUAUAUACUUAAUAAUAUAUCUAAUUGUUCUA